GGAUAACAACAUUGCGCACAAAACCAGAACUCAAAGAAGAACCAAAAGGAACAACACACACCCCAAAAUCCUUCUUCAAUGGCAGCAACCAUUUCCCUUUGUUCUUCCCUUACUCCAACAGCUGCAUCAUCUUCAUCCCUCAGUUCUUCAUCAUCCCCCAAUUUCGUCUCCAAAACCAGCAAUUCAAGCUGCGUUAAUUUCCUUUCGCAUUCCCUUUCUUCCCUUAAACUCACCCCUUGUCCUAAAAAAAGCACCCCUUUUUCAUUUGUUCCCAAAUUCGCUCAAACUGAGAUUGCCCCAUCACUGACUGAUGAUGAAGCUGCCGAGCCCAUUACCGCCAUUGGGAAUCUUGGAAGCCCAGUUUCAGGAGAGCCCAAAAAAGAGGAGGUUUUUGCUGUGGUCAUGGUUGGAUCCCGUCAGUAUAUUGUCUUCCCUGGACGCUACAUCUAUACACAAAGGCUUAAAGGUGCCAACGUCAAUGACAAAAUAAUCUUGAACAAAGUUUUACUGGUUGGAACUAAAACAAGCACUUACAUUGGACAACCAGUGGUGGCUAAUGCAGCUGUUCAUGCUGUUGUAGAAGAGCAGCUAUUGGAUAAGAAGGUUAUUGUGUUCAAGUAUAAGAAGAAGAAGAACUACCGUAGAAACAUUGGUCACAGACAGCCAAUUACACGGAUAAGGAUUAUGGGCAUCACUGGUUACGAGAACUCUCCAGCAGUCACACUGCCAUAGAUAGCCUUCUUGUUAGCUUGAGGAAGUGUAAUUUAGGUGUCCAACUUCGAAGAGCCUACUAAUUUUUGUAGAUCUCUCUUCUCUGAAUCUUUGUUGUAACCAUGACUCUGUAAAUUGCAACUAUUUUUGGGAGCCAGUUGAAGUGGCAAGAUCAUUCAUGUCUCGUACCUCAUCUUAUUUAUUUAUUUUUUUGUUUGUUUUUUGGCUCUUCUUAAGACCAGCACUCUAGGGUUCCUCCAUACAUCAUCAAACGGUAACGGCUGAGGGUUCCGCA